AUGACGUCCAAUGACUCGAGUCCUACUGAAGAAAUCGGGGUGGACUUCGAUAUCAGUAACAAUACCAUCGUAAAUCUAACGUACUACAUAACGUCACUAAUCUUAGGAUUACCCGGCAAUGCCAUCAUUCUGCAGACAUACGCAUGGAAGAAACGGAAGACGAGAACAGAUUUCCUUAUCAUGGGCCAAGCCGUCAUUGACUUCGUUGCUUGUUCGUUUUCAUUGCCCUACAUCUUCCGAAGCGGUUUCCCCGAACUCAUUACGAUAGGUUUGUGUCGCUUUGUAUUCUACGCAGAAGAGAUCUUCGCUCUAAACUCCCUGCUCCUGACCACACUGAUCAGCAUCGAUCGUUAUCUGGCCGUAUGCCGUCCACUUCGACGUCGAAUGACGGUACGAAAGUCGAUUUCGCUCAUCAUACUUUGUGUCGUUAUUUCCAUCGUGAUCUACCUACCCUGUCCAAUUGCGACAUCCUUGACCAUUUGGAAUGGUAGAAGGGUAUGCAACUUUGUGCCAUUUAAUCCAUUGGGGGCCGUCUUAUUUAUAUCGCUUAUUUCCAGUGUGUUCACUGUAUCGUUUGCUACGAAUAAUAUCCUUUACAUCUUGAUUUAUGCUUCCCUACGAAAAAGAGCAAAGAUUCAUGCCAACCUGACACGCAAUGAACUCCCAACAGCUACUAUCGCUUCGAACGCCGCCAGCUCGCUCGAGUUAAAUUCGAGGUUUAACUACGCAGAAACAAGAAGUGCAAUUCGUCCUCGUCCGGAUGACACAAGCAUGAAAGACCCGUCCGAAGCAAUACAGGUUUCAUCGCAAUUGGAGACAGCAGGGUGUUCCAAUAAUACCAGCAUACCACCAUCUCUUAGAGGUGUAGUCGCCGAUUCGAAUCUCACAAAGUCAAUAACUAAACCAUCGCGUGACUACGGCAAACACAUCCCACUGCCUAAACGUGACGUUAUACCUGGUCAUCAAGAAGCUUCAUCAUCAACGACGGCAGCUACAGUUCCUCAACGUCGUAAUCCUAGUCCGCGUCGAUCAAAGGCGCAGAAGAACAACAAAGACUUUGGAAGAAAAACAACGCGUAUGCUGCUAAUUGUUACCAUAUUCCUCUUUAUCACUUGGAUUCCACAGGUUGGGUUUCCAUUCAUCCCUUCUUCGAUUAUACACGGAAAGAUUCACAUUUUAACACUUCUCUCCACAUUCUAUAACCUUAGACUGACCAAUCACAUUGUCAACUUCUACGUCUACUAUUGCGUUAAUAGCAGUUUUAGGAGAGAUGUCAAGGGGUCAUUUGCAAAGUACACACACUGCAAGUAG